GGGAUUGCAUCAAAGCCGGUGAAUUUAAGGGUUCCGAGUAAAAGUAGUCGAAGUAUUCAACUAGACUGGAGUCCGCCGGAACAACCCAUGGGUCUAAUACAAAACUACAAGAUUGUAAUCAGAUCUAAAUGUGAAAACUUCAACAGAACAGAUUGCUCUGAGAUGAUUGUCAGUGAAGAUAAAUGUGAUAAUCAUGAAGAAAUCCUUAUUGGAAACAUUACUUCAUUUGAUGUACAAGUGGUCCCAGGUACCAGAUAUGAGUUGAGUGUGUCUGCUUUAACUAGAUCUGAAAUGUUUGGUUCACCAAGUCCUCCGAUUACUGUGGAUUCAGUUGCAACUCAACCCCACAUCCCACAAAUACUUCGUAUAAAGGAAACGGUGCAGGGAGGAGCCAUGGUAGAGAUUGCAUACCCUUGUCCUCAUACAGGAUUCACGUCAUUUAAAACGGUUUGGACUUGUCCUAACUGUACCAGGGAUGAGAAAAGACAUUUAAAAUAUGUUAAAGGCAGCCCUUUACAGUCUGGUAAAUAUAUAGAAGUAAGCCAGCUCAGGCCAGGGCUAGAAUAUCAGGUGCAGGUUGAGGCCUCUGUAGAAAAUUGCAAUCCUAAAUUAGAACAGAAAGAGGAAGAAGAUGAAGAAGCAGAUGAUGAAGAAGCAAAUGGAAAUAAAGAACAGGACAAUAACAAUAUUCUGAGUUCUGCUUUGGAAAUCUGUAGAUCUUUAAGUGGUGUGGUAAAUUUCUCGAUGGAAUGUCAAUAUCGCUGUAAUGAUGGGUCUUGUAUUAACAGGAGUACAGAUGUACGGUGUAACUGGAUACCUGAGUGUUCCGAUGGUUCUGAUGAGUGGAACUGUACUUGUACAGGGUUCUCCUGUGAUAAUGGUUACUGUAUAAAAGAACAUCAGAGAUGUGAUGGCCGAGUAAACUGUAACGAUGUGAGCGAUGAAGCUGGAUGCCCUGGAUGUCGUCACAAUCAGUUCAGGUGCGGGAGCGGGAAUUGUAUCCCGCAAAAGAAAGCCUGUGACCGGAAAAUUGAUUGCUUGGAUGGCUCAGACGAACAUAACUGUCCCUAUAGAAAACAUAUUUGUUUCCCAAACCGGUUCAAGUGCUAUAAUGGAGAAUGUAUAAACAUGGAGAAACGAUGCAACGGAGUUCCAGACUGCCAGGAGGGUGAGGAUGAGCAGAAUUGUGAGUUUAAAUGUCAUCUGAACGAGUUUACCUGUAAAGACGGAGGAUGUAUUCCACAGUCGUCUUUGUGUGACGGAGUGCCAGAUUGCUUGGAUGGAUCAGACGAGAUGAAACACUGCCAUUGUUUCAAAAUACAGGAGUUUGCUUGCAGGAAUGGUGAGUGUGUGGACAGACAGAAGGUUUGUGAUGGCAUAGUGGAUUGUGAGGAUAAUUCAGAUGAACAAAAUUGUGAUUUUUCAUCUCACAAGCACAGGCAUUCACUCCACAACCAGGAAUUGAAGAGAAACACUUCUAGUAUAGAAUCUAAUAACGAUAGGAAUAUAACCGGUUUAGAGUAUAGAUUAGAAGAAGAUGGCGGCUAUCCAGACUAUCAAUCUAUCAUCUCAGAUCAAACCAAACCUUCCAGUAUUGGACCUGCGCAGAACCUCCUUUGGGAACCUUCUCAUCAACCAGAAAAUGUGGAAGCAUCAGAACCAACCAAAAAUCCAUCUUUAACACCUGAAUAUAGGACAUCUUUGAAACCUAAAUCAAAACCGUCUGUAUCACCAUCUGAGCCAAGAUCUACGAAAUCAUGGGAAAAUAUUGAAGAAAAUAGAAAAAUAAAGAUGGAUUCAACUUCUCAUUAUCUCAGGGAGGUAAGUGUAAAGGUGUACCCGGAUACACUGACAGUAAGGGAGGGGGAGGAUGUCGUCUUCCAAUGUAGGGAUGAAGGACUCUCCAGGGCUGAGGUAUCCUGGAGUAGGCCUGGGAACCUAAACCUAGCUCCGGGUAGUACUCAAACUAGGGGCAGGUUAGAGAUACCAGCUGUACAAAGGAACCAAGCAGGAUUGUAUGUUUGCACAGCUUUUGGAAAAAAUCAUUUAGAAGGAGGACAGGUGUUUGCUUCUCUGAUUGUCAAUUAGAAAACAUCUACUAAAACAAGAAUAUUCUCAUCAAAAUCGACAAAA